AUGAGUUCUAAAUUUGCUAAUCGAAGAAAGCCCCGCAAGAUUGGGGGUGAUGAUGAGCAGGAUGAGACCGGUGUACCUGAACCUGUUGUCAAGCGCCCUGCCUCAAAGCCCAAAGCGAAGCCAAAGUCCAAGUUGAACCUCUCAUUUGGUGCUGGGGAGACAUCAAUGAAUGAAGACGAAGGCGAAGAGAGCGAAGUCAUUAUCCCAAAACGACAAGGUCUAGGCCGGAGGGCUGUUGAAAACAGCAUCAACAACCGGCUACCCGGUCUAUCUGAGAGUAUCUCUGCGCGACUCGGUCAGGACUCAGAGCGGCCUACCUACAGCAAUGAUUACCUCAAGGAGCUGCGUGACUCUACUCCCUCGACACCCAAGACAAACACCGAUGACGAGACGAGCAAAGCCGUGGAUGUGGCGGCCAAAUUCGGAGAAAUCAUGACGGUCUCCGGGCAGUCACAUAUUCCCAGCGAAGCCGAAAUUCGCGAAAAGAAAGCCCGACGAGCCCGCCUGGCUAUGGAACACGGCGCAGAGGACGAUGGCUACAUUGCCUUGGAUGACAAUGAUGCUGCACAUGUGGACGAUUGGGACGCAGUUGCACGAGGCGAAAAAGAGGUCAAAGAUACACGGCUCAUUCGAGAUGACGAGGACUUCGCGGAGGGGUUCGAGGAAUAUACGGAGGAUGGGAAGAUCUCUCUUGGGCGGAGAGCGGAGCGUGAAAAGAAGCGGAAAGACCGUGAAACCAUGCGCGAGCUAAUCAAUGACGCCGAGGGUUUCUCUGAUGAAGAAGAUUCCGAUCUCGAGGAGAAGGCUGCAUAUGAGGCUGCACAAACCAGAGCGGCAAUGGGCCAUGGCAAGUCAGACAAUUUGGACCGACCGGAAACACCUGUCAAGAUGACUGCUCUUCCUCGCCUGGCCAAUAGCAUUGAGCGAUUGCGCAUGUCUCUGGCAUCUAUGGAAGUCUCGAAGACGCAAAUGAUUAGCCGAAUGGAGGAAUUGAGGAAGGAAAAGGCCGAUAUCGCCGUUCGUGAAGUCGAAGUUCAAGCGAUGAUCAAGGAAGCUGGUGAAAAUUACGAGCGACUCAAGAAAGAAGCUGUUGCUGGGUCUAAUGCAGACAGUGCCUCCAACGGAGCCCUCACCAAGUCCACGGGCUUAGAAAUUGUCGAUGCGCCUGUGCCCAGAUCAAACUCCUCCGACUCCUCAGAUUCCAGUUUUGAAGAUGAUGACGAGUCUUGA